AUGGAUGGCCCGCAGAUGCUGUCUUCGGAUGGCUGGGCAGCCUUGCAUCUCCCUGCCAUCGAGGAGCUCCUCAGCCAGGACGAGGGCCCAUGUGGCGCCAGUAAUGUGUUCCCCGCGUUUGUCACAGGAGUGCGACAUUCUUCCGCAGUCUUCCAGACUACGCUGAGUACUCCGGCAUACUCGGCAGGUGCCUUUGAAUCGCCUCCACUGUGGACCACCUUCAAGGAUGUGGCGCAGGAUCAGAGUGUUGAUAUGUGGACGAGCAGUCUAUCCAAGCCUAUCAUGGGAAGAGAUAUUCCAGAUACGGCAGUCUGGCAGGUGCCACACGUUCACAUGCGUCAGUCGGAGCCGCUUCACGCUGCCUUCAUGGAGCAGGAUGUGGCAGAGCAGUACGUAGGUGAAGCUGAGCACAUGCGUCGCCUCGUUGGUCAUAAGGGAGUUCCGAAGAAGAUCAACAUUCAGGAGGAGUUCGCUUUGGAUGAGUGCGAGAUCACCACAGCCAUGAUCCGGAAUGUCCCAAACCAGCUGACUCGAAAGCAGUUUGUGGAGCGGCUUGAUCAGCUCGGCUUCCGUGGCUUGUAUGACUUUGUCUAUGUGCCGAUGGACCGAUCGACACGGAUGAAUGUGGGCUAUGCAUUUGUAAAUUUUAUCAGACCUGACAUCUUCAGGAUGUGCCAGAGCACUCUGGAGGGCAAGAGCUUUCUCGAUAAGGAGGAUCGCACCAAGCGUAGAGGUGGAAAGCCGAUCAUCGUGUCGCCUGCUCAUGUACAGGGGCUGAAAGACAAUGAGAGGCACUUCAAGGACGCAGCAGUGUCGCACACCCUUCACAGACCGGUCAAGUACGUGUGCAGCGGUGACAAAGAGAGUCCUUCAAGCAUCCUGUCUGGACGGUGCUCCCCGAGCAGAGCACAGACAUCUGCGCCGGGCGGCCUUUCACACCCGCAAGGGCCGACAACCUGUGCUGCACUUGGACUGAUGACGCCUGGCGAGCGCCAUUAG